AUGAGAGCGCACGUGCUCGAGCCACAAAAUGGCGACAUAGUUCAAGAGGACGAUCCACAGAAUGACAGUCUAAUUGAAUCUGCUAGAAAAGGAGAUUUGUCUGGAGUAGAAGAUGCUCUCUUAAUAGGAGCCAAUGUAAAUGCUAUGUCUUUGGAGGGACUGACUCCAGUUAUGUUAGCUGCAAGAAAUGGCCACAAAGAUGUGAUUUGGAUUUUAAUAGAGAGAGGAGCCAAUCUAGAUCUUGUUGAUGCAGGUGGAAAGGUGGCUCUUCAUUAUGCAAGUAUUAAUGGACAUAGUAAUGUUGUUGAAAUAUUACUCAACCAUAAUGCUGAUAUCGACAUUGUUACAAAGGAGGAACUGACUCCAGUUAUGUUAGCUGCAGGAAAUGGCCACAAAGAUGUGAUUUGGAUUUUAAUAGAGAAAGGAGCCAAUCUAGAUCUUGUUGAUGCAGAGGGAAGGACUGCAGUUAUGUUAGCUGCAAGAAAUGGCCACAAAGAUGUGAUUUGGAUUUUAAUAGAGAGAGGAACCAAUCUAGAUCUUAUUGAUGCAGGUGGAAAGGUGGCUCUUCAUUAUGCAAGUAUUAAUGGACAUAUUAAUGUUGUUGAAAUAUUACUCAACCAUAAUGCUGAUAUCGACAUUGUUACAAAGGAAGGACUGACUCCAGUUAUGUUAGCUGCAAGAAGUGGCCACAAAGAUGUGAUUUGGAUUUUAAUAGAGAGAGGAGCCAAUCUAGAUCUUGUUGAUACA